AUAAAAAAAAUAUUUUGUUGUUGUGAUUGACGAUCUCGAAAACUUCUUAUUUGCUUUGUUUGUUGAUAUAUUAUUUUAAAAUAAAUUUCAUUCCCAAAUAGAAGAAGAAUGUUAUAAAAUGUAUACCUUAUUGCACGGGUUCUACAAAUAUUUGGUGCAAAAAGACGAAUACUGUGUUCUAAUUCUAGGUCUAGAUAAUGCAGGCAAAACUACUUAUUUGGAAGCCACAAAAACUAAAUUUACAAAGAAGUAUAAAGCGAUGAAUCCCAACAGAAUAACGACGACAGUUGGACUAAAUAUAGGAAAAAUAGACGUGGAAGGAGUUUUGCUUAACUUUUGGGACCUUGGAGGACAACAGGAGCUGCAGUCGUUAUGGGAUAAAUAUUAUGCUGAAUGUCACGCUGUCAUCUACAUCGUAGAUUCAUCAGAUAGAGAAAGAAUAUCAGAAUCUAAGGAAACAUUUGACAGGAUGAUAGCAUCAGAGCACCUCUCCGGAGUCCCGUUGCUGGUGCUGGCCAACAAACAAGACAUUCCGGACUGUAUGGGAGUCCACACAGUCAAGCCUAUAUUCAAUCAGAACGCCCACCUUAUUGGAGCUAGGGAUAUUAUGUUGAUGGCCACGUCUGCCUUGAAUGGUGACGGCGUCGAUGAAGGCAUCCGGUGGUUGGUAGACUGCAUAAAGCGAAACAGCGUCGAUAGGCCGCCCCGAAACCACGAAGACAACCUAUAGCUAUUACGAUAUACCUUCAACACGUACCGUCAAUACAAUGAAUAUUAAUGACAUUACCUAUUUAGAUAAUGAUGCGACUCGGCCAUUGUUUUGUACAUACUAUAUUGACACAUAAAAAUAAAAAAUCAACUGCUAA